CCAAGCCCCGCGUUUAGCUUCCCCCACAUCUUUCCAGACAUGCAGGCGGCCUUCACAACAACGCGAUAAUUCUAUCAUACCGGAGAAGGCAAGGACUGACCUGAAGCCACGAUGAAUCCACGCGUCGAAGAAGUCAGCGAUUCGGACAGCGACCCGUCAGAGAUGGGCAUCGACGAUGUACCCGCUCUGAUGAACGCGAAUAAUAUUCCCAGCACGGGCAACAAGUCCAUGCCGACACAAGCGCAGAUGCAGGCGCUCCAAUCGCAGAUGCUGCAGCCGCAAUCGCCCUCCAUGUCGACAUCUACGGACCGGGAAAAGUCCAAGCACUACCAAUGUCUAUACCCCAUAUACUUUGACAAGUCACGGACACGGGCUGAAGGGCGUCGCGUGGGGAAGGAGCUUGCGGUGGAGAACCCUCUGGCGCGGGAGAUGGCCGACGCUGCUGCCGACUUGGGUCUCCGGACUGUCUUUGAGCCUGACAAGACUCACCCCAAAGACUGGGCCAACCCCGGCAGGGUGCGCGUCCUUCUCAAGCAUGAAGGCAAAUUGAUGGACGACGAUGUGAAGAACAAGCACCAUCUCUACGUCCUCAUCGCCCAGGCCCUCAAAGCAAAUCCGACACAGAAGAAUACACCUUUCAGGUUACCUAUCGCGGGUCUGCCUAUGCCCAAGGAGAUGCCGGAGCCAGCGAUACCAAAGGGCUGGAAGAUGAGCAAGAUCCUCCCCCUACACUCACCUGCCCUAACGGGUGGCGGUGUCAGUGAGAACUUCUUACAGGAUAUGAUGGGAGAGAUGAUGGGCGGCGAGGCAGGCAGCGGCGCAAGCAGCGGGACAGAGUCAAAGAAAAAGAUCAAGGACAAAAAGAAGAAGUGAAUCAGCAUCCCGGGCCAUCGCCAUCUGUGCUUCAGCGCUUACUUCGCCUAAAUUAAACGCCAAUAGUCCGGCAAAUGUCACACAACCUGCGCCGCAGCCAUGCAUGGUGGAGGCUGUCGUCACAUCCUACAUGUCACUCCACCGCGCGCUUAGAUACCGUCCCGAUAUGAACGACCAACGUCUCUUGUCGUAGGACUAGCGAAUCAACACCAUCUACAAUCAUACAGCAAUACCUCUUCGCUCUGUCCAAUUCGCCUCUGCGUGGCACUAACGCCUGCAUUGCUUACAUCUGCUGCGCUGCUCUUACAUUUUUCGUCUAGAAU